AUGGCGACUGUACACAGCCAUCCUCAUGAGGACCCCCAUGACGACGACUCCCUCCUCGGCGAUGAUCUGAUAGAAGCCGAUGAUGCUAUCGAUGCCGAUGACCCCCUGCGCGAUACAUCCGACACCGCGCCUCUACGAGGCAACAUCCAAUCCGACUCGGGCAACCGGGGUAAUGCUUCGGGCUACAGCAAUUACUUAACAUCCUCUAUUGGCGGCGAAGAUCGUCGCGCGACCCAAAAUACCAUUGAUGAGAGUGUUGGAGAAACAUUGUCACGCGACUUGAUAGCUAUUUGGGAGAAGAUGCGCCAGGUGCUGUGGCCCAAGUACCUACUUGGAGGAAUGAUGCAGCGUGGAGGCAGCGGUACAGCUGACCCUGAGCAAGGAGGCGCUGCUGGAUUUGGACGCAACCUCCGCGGCCUCGUCGGACGCUGGCCGGAUGCCGACGUGGUCUUGCAAGGUGGAAUGAGCGAUGGACUGCGCGACUGGGAUCUCUGGGGCCCGCUUGUCUUCUGCCUCGUAUUGAGUUUGUUCCUCUCCGUCGCAAAGGGUGAUCAAUCCUCCGCAGUGUUCUCAGGUGUCUUCUGUAUUGUCUGGAUCGGAGAAGCGGCUGUGACGCUUCAGAUCAAGCUUCUUGGUGGAAAAAUCUCGUUCUUCCAGUCGAUUUGCAUCAUCGGUUAUACUCUGUUCCCUCUGGUCAUCGCCGCAAUGUUGAGCGCGCUGGGACUUCCAACGAUUGCACGGAUACCGGUUUAUCUUGUGUUAGUGGCAUGGUCCCUAGCGGCAGGCGUAAGUAUCCUGGGAGGCUCAGGAGUCGUGCGCAACCGAGUCGGUAUCGCAGUGUACCCAUUGUUCGUGUUCUACAUUGCGAUUGGGUGCCUCUGUUUCAUCAGUUGA